GCUUCUAGAAGAGGCCCAUCUCUUACUUACGACAAAUCAGGUCUCGCGGCGUAAGGACGUUUGUUUCAGGACACGCCGAUCGAAGCAGCCAUCAGCCACACUCGGAUAGCAGGCAGACAAAUGGACCCUUCACGAUGAAUUCAGCUCAAUUGCUGAUAGAAAUGACCGGACCUCGCAACAGUAUGAUGGAGUACACGUAAUUGCAUAUUUGGCGGGGAUCAGCUUUCGUUUAAUGAAUUUGAAUAUAUUGUCUUGUUACUUCGAUUCACUUAUAUGCAUCAAGUGUGUCUCUAUAUGAGCACAAUUAUCCGACUACUCCAACCAUGAUCACCUGCUGUUUCGGCUCUCUUCUCAAACCGCGGAGACAAAUCGAUCUUGACAAGAAAAGGCUCCGCGAACGACACCUGCAAAAUGCUCUCGUCUCAUUGCCAUCGACACGACAACGCUCACUGAGCAUUCCCCUGAUCAAGGAACCACUAAUACCUGGUAACAAUAAAAUCAAGAAGAAUAAGAAUAAGCAAUCGACAAGCAAUCAGUUCCAGUCCUCAUUCUUUUCAAAACUACCGGCGGAAAUCCGGCGGAAGAUCUAUAUCGAAGUUCUCGGCGGACAAGUCCUUAAUAUCUUCAAGGAUGAGACUGCUCGUUAUGUCAAAUGGAUACCUCAGAGGAAACCCCUACUUGCUUUACCCAUGAGCUGUCGCAGGAUAUACUCUGAAACGAUCGAUCUCCUCUACAGCCACAACACGUUCUUUUCCAACGACUUCGACACCAUCCUCUGGUUUGUCUCUACUAUUCUCCCGCAGCGACUGGCAGCAAUCCGCACUCUACACGUCGAAUGGGACUGCGUGUGUUUCUGGCACGCUCGAAUGCGGCCCCCACCCCCUUAUGACAGGGAUACGUGGAUGAGAGUUUGGCGCACGAUUCCAUCAAUGACCGGACUGCGGGAGCUGAUGGUUCGUAUCUGGAACGGGCCCAGGAUGGAUGCCGCGACGGAGAUGGAUGUAUUCAGGCCGUUGACUGCGCUGAAGGGGCUGGAGAGAUUUGAGCUAGAGUUGCCAUGGAGGUAUCAAGGCGUAGGGGACGAGGAAGAAGAGGAAGGAAAUCGGGAUAUGCCGUUCAAAAUCAGAAGAGUGAGGCGCGAGUAUGACAUGACCAAUCUUGAGUGAGAAAUCUGGGGAAGAUGAACAGAUCGAUAAGAGUAGUCCAUCAUUUCCACCCUUUGGGAAGAAGGGAAGAGCGGUGCGACGCCGUAGCCAGAGAAAGUGUGAGAGAGAGAUAAU